CCUACUACGACUUCAUCACCUCCAAAACACAUUCGACACACCCUCACAACCAAAAAGGAAGAAAGAUAACAAAAAGAAAAGAUGACAACCCCAACCUUCCAAAUCCAUUAUUUCUCAUCCGCAACCACCUACACCGGCAAACAGACCGAAUCCCUCCCCGCCCCACUACCCCUCAACCAGCUCUUUGAUAUCCUGGAGUCCAAGUACCCCGGCAUACAAGAGAAGGUACUGAGUAGCUGUGGAGUGAGUCUGGGAGAGGAGUAUGUGGAUAUCAAUGAUUGUGAGGGGGUGGUGAUUGAGGCGGGGAAUGAAGUUGCUGUUAUCCCGCCUGUUAGUUCGGGGUGAUUGACUCCAUCUUUUUUUGGUUUGUUUAUGGAGGAAGGGGCGAGGAAGGGUGAGUUGGUGUGGAGGUUGUAUUUGAGUUUAGGGUAGUGCUACGUACAAUGGAAUGAAAGACAUAUAUGGAGCAGAAUAUGACAGAAAAAGAAAGAAACAGACAGACAGACAGACAGACAGG